AUGAGCGCGCGGUUCCAUCCGCGCGCAAGUAUCGUGUACGUUAGUUUGGGUGUUCAACAUUUGGUCGACGACCUGAGUGUUCUCGCGUUGAGCGAGAACGAGACGAACGACGACUGUGUCGUGGUGAAGCGUCAAUACGACUACCAGACCAAGAGCGAUUGCGAGAACGUCGUGGUGAAACGUCACCGCGACGACGAGAUGAAGAACGACGACGAGAACGUCGUGUUGAACGUGUAUCGCCACGACCACGCGAACGAGAACGUCUUGACGAGCGCGUGGCACCACGACCUCGAGAACGCGAGUGGUGUCGCCAGCGUAACGCGCCACGAUUAA